UGGGGGGGGGGGCGUAGUUACGUCCAAGUGCACCGCCCAGACGCCGAGCGUCCAAAGUUGGGAGAAGUCCUCCUCUGUCGCACCGCUGAAUGAAGCCGCAUCCUCGCCCGUGUGUGGACUAAACCUUCUCGCGCCCUUUUACUUAACAACUUGUUUUUUAAAGACUUUUUCACACUCUCAGAUUGGAAUUACUCUCUAGUAGACAUCACUCCAGCAUCCAAACCCGAAAGUUCAUCAUGGAGUCGUCAGCUCUUCUUCUUUGCCUGGCUUUUGUCAUCGUCUCUGCUUCGAGCCCGACAUGUGAUCCCGUGAAUCUUAGCGACAAUUCCUGGGUCUACGUGAGGGAGAUGCAAAUGGGCUGUUGGACCAGUUUCAUUGGACAAGACAAGGCCGAGGUCCACAUCCUGAACCUGAACUUUGCUGCCACGGAGGGGAAGAUUUUCUCUCUGGAGGUGGCCGACGCUAGGCCGAUGAACCUGAUCAUCACGUCGCGAGAGACAGCCUACGGUCUCAUCAAUGAGACCAAUGCUGACGUCAAUAUUUACAAAAGCAACGCCUCCACAGUCGUCCUGUACACCAACGGACAUCUCGUGAACAUCCACGCUGUCGACUUCCCUGGCCAGGACGAGGAGCUGGUCAAGUGGGCAACCAGGAAGUUCGGAGGUGUGACUUCCUUCACCACCGUUGCCAAUCUUAAAGGGUUGCAUUUCAAAGCAACAGAAGGAACAAAAGCAGGCCCUCAAGAUUGCAUACUCAAAAAUGAAGAUCCUUCAGAAAAGCACUUCAUGAAGAUUGAAACGGCGGCCUUGACGUCCUCGUUCAAGUCUUGCUUUCCGCAGCAACGCGCUGAUGAUUCCGAGCUUCACAUCAUAAACAUCCCAGAGGACGCCAACAUUCGCAACGUCUCAGUUCGCGUGGACACAAAGAAGACCAGUGUGUUCCUGAGGGGUCCACAGGGCACCACAUGGACGUUCCUCACUCUACAGCACACAAAGUUUUGUAGUAACAAUGAGAUCCUACUGCCUGCCAUCGCCCACAGAAUCCAGCCCGUAUUUACGCUGAGCAGUGACAAAGCCGAGGACGUGCAAAGGAAGGCUUUGGAUUUCUUCAAAGUGGCAACGUUCACCAGUUACACCGAAAUCAGAUCGGAAGAAUCAACGUUAUUACUGGUUCUUGGUCAGGAAAGCUCAGCAGUGACGCCCACAAUAGCAGAGCCCACCUUGUCCUCUACCACGGUGCCGCCUGAUCAGAUGCCUUUGUUGAUGCAGCUGUAUACGUCCCCGGAUUACCGCUCACCCCUGGACCCCAACGCCAAGGUGCAGAGCGACAAGAAAAUCUACGCUGAGAUUUCUGGCAACACUCUGGGUGCCAUGGUUCUGACCAUUCAGGUGAUCAGCUGUUUCGUGCGCUCUAAGGGCUCCUGCCCGGUGGUGAAGGAGCUUCCCUUCAUUCCCGAGUUCUGCUCCUUGAAUUCGUGUCCCAGCAGCACACGACUCAGCUUCUCCUUGGGUCAGCUCCAUGAGCUGACCACCACCUGGGACGUGGAAUGUUCCGUCAAACUUUGCUACAGCAAGAAAUGUGUCGACGGGGGAAGAGUGAAGAGGAACCUGGAGGUUACCCCGCCUUGUCAGCAAACACUGAACCCUCCCUGCUUUGAUUUCGGCCUCCCCGGGGUCCUGGGCAUCGCAUUCGGAGGCUUCCUGAUAGGAGUGUUACUUAUUGGAGCAUUGUGGUUCAUCAAAAUUAAAACAGAAGCCUGCAGUCAAGGUGAACAAUGAAUUAUGGAGAACCAUUGUCAUCAUCUUCUUCUUAUAGGACUGUUGUCAUUUGGCCUUGCACACGACGCACUGUAUGUACCCUACACUGGGUGUGUGUGGGUGUGUGUGGGUGUGUGUUCUGUAUUUCUAUUGAGGUGUAUUGUGCGUUUUUGUUAUACACAGCUGGAGGGUAUAACAACGUGAGGUAUGAAGAGGUAAGAGAGAGCAGCCGGAUUUCAAUGGAGAUUUUUCUAUUCGGACACAAAGCAGGUGACACAAUGCGGUAGCACACAAAAUGGAGGCGCGAGGCAAGGUGUCGUACAGUAUAGAAGGACAGGUUCAGCCAUGGGAGAAAAUGAGGACCCCCAAUAAAUAGUAAUAGUCUAUAGUUGAUCUUCUUACAAAGUAUAUCAACAGAUAAAGGCGAUGCGAUUGUGCCACGUUUGCGAAACACCCAUUUGACGAAAAAUAUUUAAAAAGCUGCAAAUUCCUAUUGAGGAAAAACAUAGGACAUGCCCCCCCCCCCUUUUUUGGACCCAUUUACCAGCUUUAUUUAUUUGAUUAUUUACCUGAAACAAAUUUUUAGCAUUUCAAUAAUUUUCAGUGUCAUUUUUAAAAGAAAUUCCUUCAAUUGGACUUUUCAAAUAACGCACAAAAUUGCACUGCAGUUAAAAAAGUUGCUGCACAGUAAAAUGAGUGACUAUAAUUCCAUUUGGAUGGAAGUAAAUAGACGGAUUAUAACAGAAGAUGGAAUGAAUGGAUUCGUUUAUUUCUCACAUGCUUAACGGUGUUCCAUUGAAGUACACCACAUGCUUACACUUGCACAAAUCAAGAUGUCCAAAAAGGAGCAGGAAGAAGCAGAGCUUAUUAUGGACAUUGGACUACACUGACCGACCACCAAAUGCUGCUGUUUCUUGUGUGGCAAGUAGAAGACCACAAUGCACCUCGUUAUAGGCUUUCAUUCUUUCCUGCCAUGAAAUAAUGACACUGUGUGCAGUGGAGGGCAGAUGAUAACCUGUUGUCGUUGCCACGGCGACACAAAGACACCCAUACCUGAUAAGCUAAGUAGAAAAUAAUAGCAGGAGAAAAAGAACAGUGCAUAAAUUACAUCAAUAAAAUAAUAAAUCGAUAUAAUAUAAACCAGAACAAAAAUAUACAUGUAAAAAUAUAAUAAAAAUAUGAAGUAAACACAAUAAAAUAAUGAAAAUAAAAAUAAUUCUAUAUAAUAUAAACUAAGACAAGACAAAUAAAUAAUAACACAUCAUAAAUUCAAAUUGAUAAAACAGGUAAAUAGGUAAAUAAAUUAUAAUUAAAUAUAUAUAUAUAUAUAUAUAUAUAUAUAUAUAUAUAUAUGAAAUAGUGUAUAAAACAGCAAAAAAUAAUAAAAAAGGCUAAAAAUGAUGAAAAUAACAUGAACAAAAAAGGUAUGCAAGAACAUAAAUCUAAGCAGAUAAUAAUAAUUACUGUAUAUAAUAGCAAUAAAUACAUAAAUAAAAAAACUAUAACACAUAAAUAUAAAAUAAAUUGUAAAAUUGUAUGUAAAUAAGUCCAAGUCGAAAAAUUAAUAGUUACAAACAGCACAAAAUGAACAGAUAAAAUAUAAAAUACAUCAAAAUAUUAAAAAAAAAUAAAUAAAUAAUUUAUUUCUUGAACAUGCACAGCUGUUUACAUAAUAGUACAUCACAUAUUUACACUUGCACGAUUCAACAUGUCCAAAAAGCGGUAGAAAGAAGAAGAUCUUAUUUAAUCCUACGCCUUCUCCCCUUUUCAGUGAAUAGUUUGUUCACAGUCUGUGUUUAACAUUUUUAAAGUGAAUGAAAAGGACAAAAAAAACCUGUUAUUUACGGUUGUUUGCGUUGUUCACUGGUAGAAAUGGUUUGAUGAGUAAUUGGUAAUUAGUUAAUAAUGAUACAAAUAAUAAAGAUGAGAAAGUAGAAAACUGCUAAUAAGUAAUAGGAAAUACAUAGAAUAAUAUAGAGAAAAUAAUACCAAUAACAGUGCUUGCGGCAAAAUGACAUUUGUACCUGGCAGUCUUUAGUUAAAAGUGAAUUCACAAGUUUCAGUUUCGACCCAAAUCUUUAUUAUUGUUCCCUUAUGUCUGUUAGUUUGAUUGCAAUGAGCUUAAAAGUCAAUUUAACUGAUACGCCUCUUCUCUGUGAAGGCAGAUAUGUAAAUAAGUGUGGACAAAACACACACACACACACACACACACACACACACAUACACACAAAUGUAAAUGAAGAAAGCAGUAAGUGCAGCUUGAGAUAAACCACCGACUGGCUGUAAAGACGUGCGCGGAAUGCCGAGGCCGCCGAGCCGCCUUGUAAACAAAGCUGCCGCUAUUUAGCUGCAGUUGGCUUAAUGAAAACGAAUGAGGGGUGGGCUUUGUGUGCGCAGGGAGGAGGUGGUGCUGGUGGUGUAGAUUGGUCAUGGCGGAUGGAGGCGAGCUGGACUCACAGAUAAAAGUGCUAGUGGCCAAUCGGACAAUUACAAAUGAAAGCGUCCCCCACCAAAAGCAGAAAAGAUAAUGCGUGUUGAAAUGGACGCUGGUGUGACCGCAAAGAGACAGAGAUGAAGGAGAUGUGCAUGUGUCGCGCACUUGACAGCUUCCUCUUGCGAAAUCAUGCAGAUCAGCUGACGCAAACAACAUAACUGUGUGUGACUGUCACAUUUCCCUGCAUUAAAGCCGUCAAAUUCUUCAAAGUAUGCAAAUAUUUCAUUUAGGAAUGAAGUUACUAGCGAGAUUGGUGUUUUUGUUUGUUUGUCCAACCACUUUGUGGCUACAACGGUGUGCACUCUGACACGAAAGAGGCAGUAGAUGGCAAUACAGUUGUAUUGCCAUCCCUCGCCACUCGAGUUUUGCAGCUUCCCGGCGUUUCAAAACUAGAUUAAUUCAUAAAUCAAGCUGUUUCGUGGUUGAAUGCAUUCUACUAAUAGUCAAAAGUAUGCAUAUUUAGCCAAAUUUGAUGUAUUUUUUGCCUUUUUUGGCAUUUUCAAGCAUUGAAAAGGCUAAAUGAACUAAAACACAAAUAGAAGGCAUUCAGAAGACGCAAAGACGUUGUGUAGUAUUCUACACUGGUCACUAGGUGUCUCUAAUGUCACUGUAAUGUUCGGUGAGACACGCAACCACCAGACUUGAUCGCCAAAACAACAGGCUUUUAUUGCAGGCACAGGCUCAAUAAUCCCGAACACUUUUUAUCUGUUUUGAUGUUUUUUAAGAUGGAAGAACAGUUCACAAAAGUGACAAAAAUAGAAAGUAAAUUCCUGCAAGAAAAGCGACAAAGAUCAUGACAUUGACCACAUUGUAGAGGUGAGAGGUAGUUCAUGCAACAGUGUGCGCUCCGGUUUACGGUCACGCUUAAACACAAAAGUUACAUGAAAAAUUGUGAAGUGGGCUGUUUGUUCGUAGUGUUCGCAUUAGUAGGUAAUUAUGGCAAAUAAACCAAGAAUGACAUAAAAAUGACAUAAAACGUUAGGACUCAACAGGUGCAUUCUAAGGCUGGAAGAAACGUUUUAUCAUGACUGAAAUUUUGCCACCAAAAGUGAAAACAUCAUCAAUCUGUGUUUUUGUCGCGAUGUUAGCGCACUACUUUCUGGUUGAUGGAGAAUGACCUGAGACGAGCUGGACUGUACCAUUUGCAUUCCGGAACGGAGGGGUACAUUUCCAUCGAAACUGAAAACGACAAAAAAGGGAAAUUCCACCGACAAAAGUGGAAAAACAAUUGUGAAAUCCUGACGUUGGUUAGCUGGCUACUUCCUGGUUCAUAGAAAAUGAUGUAAGACUUUAUGAGUUGACAGCAUUUGCAUUCUGGACUAAAACGACAACAACAGAAAAUAAAUUCAGCAAAGAAAAGCGAUGUUCGGAAUUGAUGGGCGGGGCUCUAACAUUUGCAUUGUGGGAUGGGGGAACACUUGACUGAAAAGUUAGUUAGAUGGCUACUUCCUGGUUUAAGGAACAUGGCGUAAGACGUGCUACCAUUUGAAUUCCGGAAUGGGGGGUACAAAAAACGUGGAGACGACAAAAAGUUUCAUGAAAAUAGUAGCGUAGCUAUUUGCAUAGACGGCUAACUAACCAGCAAACAGCGAUCAAAACAAAAUUUUGUUCCUUUGAUUGAUUUAUUUUUUACAUUUUAUUACUAACAGUGGUUAACUUCUUUCUACUCUUGUAUGACAAUUUGAUCAUUAAAGACGAUGAGCGUUUGCUUAUCCAAUUUUUAGCCAGCAAGCUACUUUGUGGUUCAUGUAAAAUGACAUAAGAUGGUUGGAAAAAAGUAGUCGGGACCCUACCAUUAGCAUCCUGAGGCCGGCUCUUUUGCGACAACAGAAACAGGAACAGAAAAUAUGCUGACAUAAAAAAAGCAGUGGCAUUCGUUUGCUAGUUACCGUAUCUGCCUACUUUCUGGUUCAUGAGGAUGACAAAAAAUGUCAUCAACAUCGUUUUUCAAUGUCGUGUUUUUUGCACGUUCCGAUUCCUAGUGGUUAACUUCUUUUUACACUUGUAUGACAGCUGGAGAUGCUAUCAGUCAGCCAACAGUGGUGAUUCCAAUCAGACUAUAGGUUUCAGCUUCCAAUCACCAAAAACAACAAGACCGUAGAGGUUAUCAUGUGACGUUGCCCAAACAAGAACCAUGCAGAAAAGUAUUGACUUUGUGUCAGUCGACCCACUUGGCCUUUUAUUUUGGCGGGAAUGGCCUGUCACCGACGUGGCGGGAGACGGAAGCGAGGAGAUUUCUCUGAGGGAAGAUGGCAAGCAAAAGGUCACGAUGAAUAAAAGCCUUUUAAUCCCGCCACCUUGGGUCCCGUGCCCGGGGAAUAUCAAAGUCAUCCCAAUCUGUAAGGGGCGGAGGACGUUGUUUGCCCGCUGCUGCUGCCGCCGCUGCUUUUUUCCCCGCGUAGGCUUAAAUAUCCUGAAAGUGGCGAGCUUGUGGAAAGGUUAGAAGCAGCACGACUGUCUGUGCACCGUUGUAUGGAGAUAAAAGAUGAAUUAUGGCCGCUGGAAGCUUAAAGCUUAGCGAUGUUAGCGUUCCCAAACAGAAAGCAAAGAUAUUAUGUUGUUGGUUAUCAACAACUCAGCAAACACCAGACAUACUUUGUAGCUUUUUUUGGCAGAAUUGCUAAAAUGAUACUGUGUGCUCAUUUUGCGCCUUUGCUAAGCUUUAAUUAUAACACCUUGCAGACCUUGGUUUAUUUGUUAUUGGCAAUCCAUGAUCAAAGAGCUUUCUAGCUAUUCCACCCUCUUGCGCCAUGGUUGCUUUUAAAAGCUCUGGUAUUUGCCCAAACUAACACCCCCAAAGUCAACAAUUGUGGGGAGAAAAAGCUAUUACCUUUUAAAAGUGUCACAGUGGAACAAGCCAAGGAGAUGAGGUGUCGUGCAGAAUAGUAAACAUGCUUUUUUUAGUCCGCAGUUUGUACAAGGAAAAUUCACCUAAUUUGGAAAGUAUUCCGUUCUCACUGCGAGGCAGUACAAUCAUUUGUAGCACCCGAUUCUACAGUAAAAGCUAAUGCUUCUUCUUCCCGGUCUUGGGAUCGCAUUGCUGUCGGAGAAGUAGUCAAUGGUUACACAAUAUAAAAGGUUCUCAAAUUGUAUUAAAAAAAAUAGGAGCAAUAUAUUUGGUAACAGCGUUGGAUUCCAUCAUCAUUGAGGAAGAUCGACGAAGAUCCCAGAAUGAAGGUACACAGAGUCUAUAAAGCGGUUGCCCCGCCCCUGUAAGGAAGUGAAAGUUACGUUUGUGUAGAAGUGAGAGUUAAGCCUGUAUGAGUGAGAACUUGAUCGGUCGUCUGUACGUGUUGCACAACUAUGAUUGUGCUAUGUGAGUGUCAUGGAGGGGGAGCGUGUGUAUUGUGAAGGCCUCAAUGGGAAGCAAUUAGACUGAUGAUGCAUUGAACUAUUAGACUCAAUCAUAAUUACAAUAAUAAUUCCUAAACAGAAUUGAUAAUACCCAGAAUCAUAAAGACAAUCAUAGAGACACCUGUAAUCAACAAAGUCCACCAAUUGCUGAGGAAGAGAAGCAAGCUGAAAGGUACAAAGGUCGAUGUCAGCGGGCAUCUGACAACAUGCAAGAAAGCACAAUACUUCAGGAAGCAGGGGAAAAUUCAAGACACUUGGAGCAGCAACUGCAAAAUCAACAACAAGUUUAAUGAAGUACUUCUAAUCAAAGGCAUCAAGGGACUGGACAAAUAUUGAAGAUGACAUCAAGGAAAUCAGACUUCAUGCAGCUGGAAGUCACAGUCGUCCGUGUUUUUUUAUGCACUUUGUUUUAUUCCCUAAUGAACAAUCAUUCCUAUUUUCACAUUUUUGAAUUUGUAUUUAUUCCUUUUGCGUAACACUGCAACGUUUAUAGUGCCAUUAUUUAUUGCUUUGCUUUUUGAUAUGUUUUCCAACACCUUCCUUUCUUUCCACACAGGAAGUGAACCAAAAGUAAAUAACAAAAUAAAGGCGAAAAUGAAAUAUUGUAAGUGUCAACAUGUAAAAUAUAUGGUGUGAAUGACAUCAAAGCCAUCUUAUUGGAUUUAUUGGAUUGCUGUUAAUGCAAAAAAAAAAAAAAAAAUCACAAUUAAUGUUUUUGGGGAAAGUGAAUCUUAAUCGUAAACUGUCCUGGAUAAGGUAAAUAAAUGAAAACUAAUUACCUUCGUGCUUGUUUGGGUCAGACUGAUGUCCCUAUUCUAGUCCAUUGUCAGCUGAAGGUCCAGGAGUCAUGUGGCACGGCUACCUUCGACCAGUGAAGUGCAGCGCAGAGCACGACAGCUAGAGCCACGUACAUAAAAAAUGAUUUGCCCUUUACUUUUAAUUAAUGUAGUCCUUUCCUUCGCUUGUUUUGCCUUUUUUUGCAGAAGAUGUAGCUUUUUCUUUUUGAAAAGGUUACAUUUGGUAGACAGAGGAAGUGUUUUAUGAGAGGGAAAUUAGCUUUCAGCCUUUAGGAAGACCGUUUUAACAUUUUAAAACGCAUGUGCAGCUUUAGAAUUGAAUACGAUGAUAAUUUCAAUGCUGGGACUCAACAAUCAGUUCAUCAU